AUGUCUGCAGCUACUGUCGCCGCAGCUUUUGUGUCCAUUUGGGUAUCCCGAUUUGGCUGUCCAACGAAAGUUGUCACUGAUCGAGGCCGGCAAUUCGAGUCGUCCCUUUUCACGGAGCUGCUUCAACUUCUCGGAACAGCCCGCUUGCGAACUGCCUCCUACCACCCUCAAACAAAUGGCCUCGUCGAGAGAUUUCAUCGCCAUCUCAAGGCAGCACUCACAGCGCACGGCUGCCCAAACAAGUGUGUUGACAGACUUCCGCUCACGCUUCUCGGAAUUCGAUCUGCCUUCAAAGAGGACCUCUCCUGCGCUACUGCGGAGCUUGUUUACGGCACCUCGCUUCGCCUGCCAGCCGACUUCUUCGAAGAAAAGACCCUCACCUCCUCUGUAACAGCAAGCGAGUACGUCGACCAGCUUCGCGAUGUGUUCCGAAACCUCCGUCCGCAGCCUACACGUUUUAACAAACCCCGUGCAGUGUACAUCACUUCAGACUUGCAGACAGCCACACAUGUUUUUGUGCGUUACGGCCCCGUGCGCGGCUCGCUUCAGCCCCACUACCUAGGGCCAUUCCCCGUUUUAGAACGUUUCCCUUCCAACUUCGUCGUCGACGUAAAUGGGAAACGGGAUACGAUCGCGCUUGAGUGA